CGGCCGCAUUAGGAGACCUUAGUAGCAGACCUUAAUUACGGAGUAGUAUUUAACGUUCACUCCAGAAACGAAAUUAGGCAGAGCUCACAGUGAAGAGAAAAUGGAGAAGAUAACACACAAGACGGUGGGCGUGAAUGGGAUAAACAUGCACGUAGCAGAAUUGGGGGAAGGCCCCUUGGUCCUCUUCCUCCACGGCUUCCCUGAGCUCUGGUACUCAUGGCGCCACCAAAUCCUCUUUCUCGCCGACCACGGCUACCGGGCCGUGGCGCCGGACCUCCGCGGCUACGGCGACACCACCGGCGCACCCAACAAUGACCCUUCAAAGUUCACCGUGUUUCACAUUGUGGGUGACCUCAUAGAGCUUCUCCAGUCCAUCGCUCCUGAAGAAGACAAAGUGUUCGUUGUGGGUCAUGACUGGGGUGCACUCAUAGCUUGGCAAUUGUGCAUGUUUAGGCCGGAUAAAGUGAAGGCUUUGGUCAACCUCAGUGUCCAGUUUUUCCCUAGGCAUCCUCAUCUGGAUCUCGUUGAAAGCUUUAAGGCCAUGUAUGGAAAUGAUCACUACAUUUGCAGAUUCCAGGAACCAGGAGAGAUUGAAGCCGAGUUAGCCCCUAUUGGAAUCAAAACAUGUCUCCAAAACAUCUUUGCAUUCCGCAGACCAGGACCUUUGUAUUUUCCUAAAGGCAAAGGUUUUAGUGCAAAUACAGAUGGUUCAACGGCCCUGCCGGCAUGGUUGCCGGAGGAAGACUUGGAUUAUUUCGUCAGCCGGUAUGAGAAGACAGGCUUCACCGGAGGAGUGAACUACUACCGAGCUUUGAAACUAGACUGGGAGCUAACUGCAGCCUGGUCUGAGACAAAAGUGAUGGUGCCAACCAAAUUCAUAGUUGGAGACCUAGACUUAGUUUACCAUAUUCCAGGUGCAAAAGAAUACAUACACAAUGGAGGGUUGAAGAAUGAUGUGCCACUGCUUGAAGAUGUGGUGGUACUCCAAGGUGUGGCUCAUUUCCUUAACCAAGAAGCACCUGAAGAGGUUAACAACCAUAUCAUCAACUUUUUAAACAAGUUUUAAACUUUCUUGUAAGUUUUGUGUUUACAUUGAAUAAGUGAAUAACAACCAUUGGACUUCUUUAAUAACUGUAAUUUUGAUUUGUGGAAGUUGAACAAGA